UGUAGCCCUCUGCUGUGUUCUUCUUCGUCUUUCACAGACUGUUGAGUGAAGCCGAACAUUUCUCUGGACAAAUGAAACUCUAAGACAAAGUUCAGGUAAAUGGAGCAGAUGGUUUACAGAAAUGAGAUGUGAAAAUCUAAAGAAAUCAACAAACAUAUGAGAAACAGAAAAACAUCAACCUCCACAAUUCUGGUUCUCUUCAGGUCACCAAGAUGCAGAUUGUCUCCUGGCUUGGACUGUUUCUCUGGUUGCUUUAUAUCAACGAUGUGGGGGCAGCAACUUUUAAACUGGCCCUGGUUGGCCCCUGGUCCUGUGACCCCUUGUUCUCCAGAGCAAUGCCAGUAGCUGCAGCUAACCUAGCAUUAUCACGGCUAAGAAGUGACAGCUACAUGAGCAGAGGAUACUGGUACGAUGUGAAACUGCUCAAUGAGGACUGCUCUGUUUCCAAAGCAUUGACUGAGUUUGGGGAAAUGGAGGGUUACGGUCAUGCUUACAUCGGACCUUUCAACCCGACCCUCUGCCACGCAGCGUCCUUAUUCACCCAGCACUGGGAGGCAGGCCUGGCUUCUCCAGGCUGUCUGGAUGAUGACUGGCUGAACCUGCCCCCCAUAACGCCUCCUAUUAAAGUCCUCAAAACUGUCCUCAGAUUCUUCCGCUGGGCUCACGUUGCAGUCAUUUCAGCCCCAACUGAUCUCUGGGAAAGCACUGGAGAAGAAGUAGCCUCUGCGCUCCGAGCUAUGGGCUUGCCAAUUGCUCCUGUAGUUUCCAUGGAAACAAAGAACAACGACGGGGCUCGGGAGGCGCUGAACGAGAUAAGGCAGUCCGACAAAGUCAAAGUGAUCAUCAUGUGUAUGAGUUCCGUCCUGAUUGGUGGAGAGCAUCAGAGGGAACUCCUGCUGGAGGCUCUAGACAUGGGGAUGAUCGCUGACGGUUACAUCUUCAUCCCAUAUGACGCUCUGCUGUAUGCCAUGCCUUACCAGGACACAACAUUCCCUCUGCUGACCAACAACACCCAGCUGCGUCAUGCCUACAGCGCCGUGCUGACCGUUACCAUGGCUUCCGAUGAGAGUUUCUAUGAAAGCUUUCGCCAGGCUCAGAUCUCCAGAGAGAUCCGCUCCGCAAUCUCUGCCACAGAGGUGUCUCCACUGUUUGGGACCGUCUUUAAUAUGGUCUACUUUGUCGCUAAAGCUGUGGAAGAGCGGCGGCAGGCGGGUGGAGGACAUUGGGUGACAGGAAAUCAGCUCUUCAGCUCAGAUGGAGGCUUUGACUUCCAGGGUUUCAACCAGGUGUUAUACGGUGGUAGAGGCGGGGCUGGCCUUCGGGCCAAGUAUGUGGUGCUGGACAGUGAUGGCGACCGCCUUGUGCCAACGCAUUCACUUGGACCAACACACAUUGACGGAACAGUCGGCGGUCUGAGACCUCUGAGCCGGUCCUUCUACUUCCCAGGAGGAAAACCCCCCAAAGCCAGUUUUUGUUGGUUCAGUCCAGAAGAAGCUUGCAACGGAGGUGUGGAUGCAGUGACAAUGUUCUUCCUCUUCCUGCUGUUUUGUGGUCUCACUUCAGCUGCUUUUUUUUGGUUGAGGUAUAGAAAGGACAAGAGAACACCAAACGUCACCAAAUUAAUCCUGACCCUGGAUGACAUUGUGUUCAUCGACACUCAAGUUAGUAAGAAGAAAUUAAAUGAUGAAUCCAUCAUGAGGAGUCUUUUGGAAAUAAAAACUCCACUCCGCUCGAUAGCAAGAAGUUACAUCCUGACGUCACCGGAAAGUUCAAACAUUGGGAUAUUGGAGGGAGACUGGGUUUGGCUGAAGAAGAUUCCUGCUGGAAAGACGGCAACACCUGUCAACCAGAAUACCCAGAAUCUGUUCAGUCAGCUGAGGGAGAUGCGCCAUGAGAACCUGAAUCUGUACCUGGGUUUGUUUGUGGAUUCAGGGAUCCUGGCCCUGGUGGUGGAGCACUGUCCUCGGGGCAGCCUGGCAGACCUGCUGGCCGACAGCGACGUCAGGCUGGACUGGAUGUUCAAGUCAUCGCUGCUCAUGGACCUCAUUAAGGGAAUGAAGUAUCUUCAUCUGCGAGGGUUGACUCACAGUCGCCUCAAGUCCACUAAUUGCUUAGUGGACGGUCGAUUUGUGUUGAAAAUCACAGACUAUGGCCUACCCAUGAUCCUUCAGUCUCAAGGUGUCAGUCUGUCUGACGAUCCACAAGAUCUUCUGUGGACAGCUCCUGAACUUCUGAGGAACUCAGAACAAGCCGGUUCUUUUGCAGGAGAUGUCUUUAGUUUUUCCAUCAUCAUACAGGAAGUGAUCUCACGGACACUUCCCUACGCCAUGAUGGACAUGCCUGCUCAGGAGAUUGUGGAGCGUCUGAAGAAGCCCCCUCCUCUCUGCAGGCCUCUUGUUUCAGUGGAUGAAGCUCCUGCUGAGUGUCUCAAUCUGAUGAAUGAAUGUUGGAACGAAGAUCCAAGCAAGCGGCCCAACUUUGAUGAAAUUUUUAAGCAGUUCCGGGGCAUCAGCAGAGGGAAGAAGGCUAACAUCAUUGACUCCAUGCUGCGGAUGCUGGAGCAGUACAGCUCCAACCUGGAGGAUCUGAUCAGGGAGCGAACAGAUGAGCUGGAGGUUGAGAGGACCAAAACGGAUAAAUUAAUUGGACAGCUUUUACCAAAAUCUGUGGCUCAGGCCUUGAAGAAGGGGAAGCCUGUCCAGCCUGAACACUACUCAGACUGCACACUGUACUUCAGCGACAUCGUCGGAUUUACAACCAUCUCAGCUCUAAGUGAACCCAUUGAGGUGGUCGACUUGCUUAAUGACCUUUACACCAUGUUUGAUGCCAUCAUCGCUACUCAUGAUGUCUACAAAGUAGAGACUAUUGGGGAUGCUUACAUGGUGGCUUCAGGGGUUCCUAACAGAAAUGGGAAUCGCCACGCAGCUGAAGUGUCAAACAUGUCGCUUGACAUCCUUCAUUCAAUAGGAGCAUUUAAGAUCAAACACAUGCCAGAAAUCAAAGUGAAAAUACGCAUUGGACUGCACUCAGGACCGGUGGUUGCAGGUGUGGUGGGACUGACCAUGCCCAGGUACUGUCUGUUUGGAGACACGGUGACCACAGCCUCCCACAUGGAAGCCAGCGGCCUGCCUUACAGGAUCCAUAUCAGCCUCAGUACAGUCAAGGUUCUGACCAGUCUGAAAGUGGGAUACCUCAUAGACACCAGAAAGGCACAGGUAAAGGGCACAGAGGACACAUACUGGCUGAUGGGUCGAGAGGGUUUCAACAAACCUCUUCCUCUUCCCCCCGAUCUUGCUGGAGGGGCCAGUAAUCACGGCAUAAGCCUCGAUGAGAUUCCUGUCGAAAGACGACAAAAGUUUCUCGACCGACAGAACAAAAUUAAAAAAUAGACAGCAAAGUUUUGUUUUAUGUAACUGUCUGCAAAAACACAAAAUCUUACCAGAUAU